AUACCGAUACGUCAGCUGGUAGCAGUGUGGAACUUUUCUAUCCAUGCCGUUAUAUGCCAGUUAUUUGCAAAAAUCAACUGAGAUUAUUAGUAUCCGUAAUUUUGUAAGUGUACUUUAUUUUAGCAGCUCAGUCAAGCCCGGAUAUCUCAAGUGAUACAGAAUUACAGUUGCAAAUAACUGUUGAAAUAAGGAGUGAUCGGUGAUCCUGUCUAACCAUCCUCGAUACAUGACGUGAAGAAGAUCAAUAGAAGCAAUGGGUACAACGCCAAGUCGCUAUGAAGAUCUCUCAAAAAAUGUAUACCUGGAGAAAUUCUGCGGAAAGCAAAGCAUACUUGCAAACGAUCCAUUCUGGAACACAUUCUUAUCUUACAACAUGCGACCACCUAUUACAAGAAACGAUCAAAUAGAGCUCGAUUCAAGAUUAGACUUAUCAUGUCAACAGUUGCUUGUGAAUAACUUGAUUACUGGCAACUUUGGUACUCUGAUACAGGUAGCUCUUACACGCAUCAAUGAACUACUAGCACCUGUUCAAAAUCAAAAUAUAAUAUCGACAUGGCAAACAUACAAUGCACUUUUUGCCGUGAGAUGCAUUUUGAAAUAUUUUAUUGAGACUGUUGGUGAAGAAGAGAUGCUAAAACACAUUGAAGCACCACAAACAACUUCAGCAAAUGAAGCAUUGUCUUCUUUUAGAUUGGAAGAACUUUUUGAUGCAUUGAUAGAACUUAUUAUAGACGUACCUUUAUGUGAAUUUACAUAUGUUGUUCAUUUGGAAGCAAUUAAUUGUUUACUUGUGUUGCUUUCGGUACAAUUAUUUUCUCAAACUGCAGCUGAAUAUAGCACUGUAUACAGGAUAGCGAUGCAUGCACAUUCGAGCCAACAAGCACCUGCUGUGGUGUGUAUACUGUUGCACAAUUUUAUACAACAGGAACACGCUCCCCCGGGUUUGCUGACGCAGCAACCUGGGGGUAGUAUUGUAUUCAGUAUAGCUGCCGGGUUGUGGAACGUAAUAAAAAUGGGCAUUGGUAGUGGUUCAAAGAAUGUACAGAUUGCACAUAACGGCACUGCUGAGGACGAAGAAAAAAAGCGCGAUACGGAAACUCCACUCGCUAGUCAGUCUCUAUUACUUUUAUUGAUUCUGACAAAUCAUUGUACUGCUACACACAAUCCAUAUAGAAAUGCGCUUUUCUCUUUUAUAGAUAUGCAAGAGGAUCAACCUACAUCACAAACGAAAACAAUCGAGAUCUUUAAAUUUAAUCUGAAUAAAUUAUAUAACACUAUUUGUAAGAUACCAAAUACAGAUGAAAUCACGCUCUUGCUCUACAUGCUAUUACAUAGGAAUUCGAAUGUGAAACAGGAUAUAAUGAAAAGGCCUGAUAUACAAUUAUUGGUAACUCCAAUAUUACAAAUAUUGUAUCAUGCACCAAACAAUACUUCACAUCAUAUUUAUAUGUCCCUUAUCAUUCUCCUAAUUUUAAGUGAAGAUGAAACGUUUAACAAACGGAUACAUGAAAUUAUGCUCAAGGGUGUAACAUGGUACACUGAGAGAUCCAUAAGUGAAAUAUCAUUAGGUGGUCUUUUAAUCUUGGUUGUGAUCCGUACAAUACAAUAUAAUAUGUUUAAAAUGAGAGACAAAUAUCUUCAUACAAACUGUCUAGCAGCUUUGGCAAACAUGUCUGCCCAAUUCACAUCCUUACAUCCUUAUGUUAGUCAGAGAUUGCUGAGUCUAUUCGAGACUCUUGCAAAAAAACACGCGCGGUUAGAAGCAAAAAUUCGAGCGCAAGCACAACCGAUAACUUCUCCUGACAAUACCAUUAAUACGUCUGUUAAUGGAAAUGCCACCGUUGCAAACACAGAUUUGAUUCAAGACUUAACCAUACUUGAGGAGGUCCUACGGAUGGUACUAGAAAUUAUAAAUAGUUGUUUAACUCACAGACUCGCAUACAAUCCAAACUUAAUUUACACUCUCUUAUAUAAAAAGGAUAUCUUUCAACCAUUUAGAAUGCACUCUGCUUUCCAAGAUAUCGUCCAAAAUAUUGAUUCUGUGAUUAAUUUCUUUUCUUAUAAAUUGGAGCAAAAAGAUCAAUCGCAACUUGGUGUUAGUCAAGUAUUGGCUACUAUACAGCAAGGAACUUUAGAAUGGCCACGAGAUCGUUUAAGAAAGUUUCCAGAAUUGAAGUUUAAAUAUGUAGAAGAGGAACAACCGGAAGAAUUCUUCAUUCCUUAUGUGUGGAGCGUCGUUUGUCAGGGAGCGUUAUUGCAUUGGAGCGCGGAAAAUAUAAAAUUGUUUUCUCAUAACAAUGGCGAGACAACAAUCAUUGUUUGCUGAUAUUGAGAUGAGGGGUGUAUCCUACUAUAAGUAUUCGAAACAAUAAUAGUAGGAUAAUAAUAUAUGAAAUAAGUUUGUAAUAAAAAUUGUCGAAAGAAAAAGUAUAAGCAUUUUCCUUUCGGCAAUGGAAAAUGGAAAAAUUAAGGACUGAAAACGAAAGUGUAUACAGCGCAAAAAGAAUAUAAUAUAUGACAUUAAAGAUAAGUAUUGCACGAAGGAGACCCUUUAUAAUCAGGAUGUUAUCUGAAAUAGAAUUUUUUUAAUUAUAUAUCACUUUAUUCUCUUGUAUAUUAGUAUUUUAAUAUUUAUUAUGAAAUCAUAAAAGAACAAAUGAAAAUGUAUAAAUUAAUUUUUACCUGUUCAUUUUCAUAUUAUGAAAACAUGAUAUAAGAAAGAUUCAUGCAAGUAAUUUCAUACUUUUGGAAAUUAGUCUAUCUAAUCUUCCUACAAUUUUGUGUUAUGAAUAUAUAAAUGAUAUAGUACAUAUACAUAUGUGAUACAUAUUAAUAUAUAAAAUGUCAAAAAAAAUAUGAAUGCAGUUAAAAAAAAUUACUGCAUGUCGACAGGACUGGUUAAAGUUAUUACAAUAUUUUGCUUUACGAACAUUAUUAUAGAAAAUAAUAUAAUUUUUUGUUUUAUUAAAGAUAUUUAUACUAAAAAAUAUACAUAAGAAGUUAUAAUCUUGACAAGUCAUAUAAUUUACAAAUAUACUUGUAUAACUCUUCAAGACUAAAUCUCUUGCAGUAUCAUCUUCUCAUAUCUUUGAACAAUUUUUUCGAAGAAUGUAAUCUUUCAAAACUAUAUAUACAUAUAUAUCAUUUUUAGAUAUCGAUAAGAACAUGUAAAAUUAUCGAAAUUUUUAGUGAGGUAUAUCUCUCAUGUGUGAUAGUUUAAAGUAGAGAAUUGUAAUGUUGGUUUCAAACAUAUAUAAUAUUUGAUAGAUUUGUAAAUAAUUAUUGAGAAAACAUUAUUCAUUUAUCUAAUUUAAAAUAUUGCAGAGUUGCAACAUAAUAUUUGUAUAAUUCUGUUAUUUUUCACGCUGUAUAUGUGCAAAUAAAUUUUUAUUUAAUACAUAUCAAUAAAAAAAACUAAAUAUUUACAUAAACAGUUUUUUUUUGUCGCUCCUUUAAAAGCUCAUUUAGCGUAAGAUUUGCGGAAAUAAGACAUGAAUUAUAUAGGAGAAGAAUAUGAAAGGGAUAAAUGUAAGAGAGAAUAGAAAUAAUUCAAUGUCCAUUUUUAACCGGCAGGUCAUUUAAAUCGCAUAUAUCGCACACAAAUGCAAAAAUAAUAUAUUAAAAAUAUUUGAGACACAUUUAAUCUCUCGUUCAAAAUAAAUCCUUAUCUAGUCCAAAUAAGAAAUUUAUCAGAAAAUAUUACAGUGACCUGCCGGAUACUCAAUGGUCAAUUCACACGUCGAAUGUACAUCUUUAUUAAACAAAUACAGUUGACGUCUUAAUAUUUAUUUAUAAUGUCGUUAUAGAUAGUAUUUCAUUUUUCCUAGCCUGUGCAGCGUGUAUAUGCGGCCGCGCGUGAUCUUGUAUCGUGUACGUGUGUGUGUAUAGUUAUACUAUUGCUAAUACUUCAUUUUUUUUUUGUCUUGAACAAUCUUUCAGUUUACAAAGUUAACAAGAUAAUUUGACGUUUCUGUGCGUCGCGGUGCAGACGCGCCGAAUAACUCAGUGUGUCACGUUAAAAUUAAAAACUCGUUUAAAUCAUAAACAUUGCCUUAGCCAUACGUCACGUUACGGCUUCAAACGUGUGUGCUUAGCAUACAGAUAGUAUUUUUUUAUUUAUUUAUCCAUAAUAAUUAAAUUCCUUAACUGUACUAUAUCGUUAUUUAAUCUUAUUAGUUAACACACAAUCAAUCUGCGAUGGGAGGGAAUUUAGUCGGCACGUAGUGAUAUUUCAUUACGGCCUAGCUAAUAAGUAGUUGAUUAUUUCACUCAUUACACCGCCGUCGUGCAUUUUUUUUUUUUUUUUAUCGGUUAACGUCCGAUUAUA